GUAAGCUGAGCGCGAACAGGGUGGACAAUUGAAGGCUGCGUAACGCUUAGGGUGCGUUCCGGAAUUUGCUGGCAGUGCUAAAAACUUCCUAGGACAGAGGCUGAGCUCCCCGCGAACUCGCAGUGCAACAGAGAUAAAAUAUUGGUUACAGUACUUGGAGCUAAUAUUGAACGCACCCUUAGUACACACAUACAUUCUUUAAUCUUGGGAAUGAUUUCAACAAAUUAGAAACUUGUUCAUAUACAUUUCCCAUAAUCUUACGGCAGGUGGUUUUGGCGGGACAAGUCCAAGGAAAGCAUACCUAGAACGAACGUAAGGGAACGGGAUCUGUUGCGACAUCUCGCGUCGGUCGGACAACAAUUAAACGCUCCCCCGGCGAUUGGCAUUUUCUUGCUCAAGUUAGUGAUAUGCUAUCGCUCUAUUUGACAGAAGCCUAGAUACGGGUGUAUAAGGGCGAGUUGUGCGUGCUGCGUGCACUCCGUCAGCGGUGGUGUUACGUUGGCGGUGGAUGGACGGACAGAUCGCACGGUAGCGUUUUCCAAGACUGAACAAAGUAUCACGAUGUUCGAAGCAAAUGCGAAUAGGACUGUGACCAAACUAUGCGCCGAAUACGAUCCAUGGGCUUAUGAUCUACUCAAUGUCAAUGCGAAUAAUCAAACAAAUAAUGACGAUGAGGAUUGUCAAGAUUUAAAUAAUACCAUGGUCAACGAUCUUGUUGCCAAAAUUCUUGAUGACGAUUCAAAUAUUGCCGAAGAUAAUUUCACAGAUGGACAAACCAGAUUACCGCAAUAUCAGUCCGAAUAUUCCAAGCAUAUUGAUCUUCAUACUACUAACGAAUUAUUACCUUCUAUUUUGAAGCCCAAUGGCGUAGCAAGACACCGCAAUACCGCUGAGAUAGGUGUAUCCAAUGAAUCUCACAGUGAAAAAAAUUAUCAAAAGUACUGCAGUCGAUUACAUGCUCUAAGUCUAAAUGUGUGUACAGGAAAUACAUGUGGCGAAGGUAAUACCUAUUCCAACAGUGUGAUAAACGAGCUACAGAGAUCUACUGCCCAGCAAAGUAAUUUAUUGUCCAGCAGCAAUUGUUACUUAAAUGAAAACAGAAAUUAUGCAUCACUCUCGAAUGGACUGCUUACUACGACCAAUGGGUUGAAUUACAAUUCGCGUACACCUAACUGGUCAGAGACAUUGGUAUCACCAAAUUGCACAAAAGAUCUGUUCGGGAACUACCAGUCAAUUCAGAAACAUUGCAAUCUUGACUUGAAUGUGAAUUUAUCUUCAAAUUUGCCAAUGGAUUCUCCGAGUUGCACUAGAAUAAAUGAUUGGGAAUCACAAAGUAACUGCGAUUACCAUAGCAUUGGAAAAUCUAAAAAUAAUCAAAUGCUGAGCAUCCAUGAUUCUUACAAUGUAAGUACAGCAGGUCAAAUGUAUAGGCCAAACUCUGUUAUGACCGAUUUGAGUGGUGAUUCUGGUUUUUUGUCCAACUCGCCGUUACAGCAUUAUUCUCCAGCAGAAACUGGUCUACAAAAUUGUAUACCUAAUAAUUUUCAAUGUACCAGAUUUGAUGAUUAUAGAGACGUACAAGAUCCCAAUGGUUUAGGUGUGGUCGAUAAAGCAAAUGAGUCCCACUUCCUUCAACAGCAAUCGCAAGCUUUGAAAACAGAUUCACCAAUGGAUCAGAGUUAUAAACGAAUGGUUAACUGCUAUCCUUAUUUGAAUGAUUACGCAUCGAUACCAAAGAUUCAUCCCAGUAAUUCUGAAACUAUAUCAUCAGUAGGAAUCAUGGAUCACAGGAUGAACAAUAAUUUACAUACAUCGCCGCUUAGUCCUAAUGUAAAACAAAGAGAUAAUCAUCAAGUUUAUUCUCCCAUUGGAUUUCCAAGAAAUUUAAUCUCAAGGAGCUACACUAUUAUGUCUAAUAAACAUAGUUACCAAACACCGAAUGGAUACCAGCGUUAUACAACCAAUAAUGUUGAUACAUUGAAAGGUACACAGACCACCACUGGGAAUAAUUACCAGAAUAACGUAAAGAAACAAAAUAUGACAUACAUGGAUUCAUUUGAUUUCUCGAAUGAAAUUUCAUAUCCUUCUUCGAUGUCGUUCGCUCCAACAUUAGCAGGAAAUGCACAAGGCGGUGAAAUGUUUAACCAAAUGAUGAAACAACGCCAACAUCAAGGGAUCCAUCCUGUGCCACCACCCGACGUUUUAUUCAACACUGGGUUGGUGCAUGCUGGAAAUGUUUUUUCCACAGUUUUAUCAGUGCCCGUGUCUGUAUCUGUUCCACCAUUGCACCCGAUGUCUGUAUUGUUUGGAGGACUCAGGAACAGCACUUCUAGGCGCUCAGGCCCUUCUAGCAUAUUGCAACUGAGAUUGGAGCAGACCUAUGAACAGUUCAAGCAACUGGAGAAAGAGCGGAAAAAAUGCGAGGCUGGCUUAGCUGCUCACUUUCCUGGAAAACGAGUGACCAGUGCCAAUAAUAUACCUACACCACGUCUACAAGGAAAUCCGUCACGUGUUGACCGGCUGAUCAUUGAUCAUCUCAGAGAACAUGCGCGUGUUAUUACCCUUGUGGCUAAGAUGGAACGUCUUCGGGGUGCUACAAUGAAUCAGCGAGUUCACAAAGCUAUGGAAUAUUGGCUUGAAGUUAUCAAGUAUGUGCAAGAACGACGAAAACAAGAGAUAGCAAAUGCAACUAAACGCCAGAAAGAAAAUCCACACUGCAUUCCCAUGCACGAUGACAAGGAUAUAUUGGCCCUAGCAGGAAGCAUUCAUGAAUUAACUAAGGCAUCCCGCUUAGCUAGAACUGGUAUGUACAAUGCCCUUCAAGCUACACUUUUGUACGAUGCCGAAUUUGAAAGAAAAGUAAUUGAGACGUGCAAAGAUACUUUUUUCAAUAUCAAGCUUAGAGACACCAACAGCACACAUCUUUCCAGCCAUGUUGACUGUGCUUAAGCAAAACGCGAUUUAACUGGUUAAAGUUACUUUUCAGAUUAUAGAUUUGAAGUGUAUUGACUGAACCAUUAAUUCAUUUAAUUUAUAAAGUUAUUUUGCAAUUGAUCAGAAAAACCAUCCCGAUUUCUGUUUCGCUCAUUUUAUUUUCUACUUUUAGGGUAUUAACUCCCAAUGUUAUAACAAUUUAGUCCCUGCGAUAGCUGCCUAAUAAUGAAGACAUUUUUUGCAAUUCUUGCAAAUGAAAAGCUAUUACUUUAUCUCAAAUAUUGUAAGACUAGCUGCGUGCAAUAAUUCAAGCAAGGUUUGAUUAGUCCUCUAUCCAUAAUCAUGUUGAUAUUGCACCAAUUGGAGAUGAUAAGUAGUUGCAUACGUCUGCGUAUAAUUCGUGAAUAUGGAGCGCAAUUGUGAUUGAAACUUUUUUACCCCAAAAGCAGAGAUUGUGUAGUAACACAAACUCUUUAGACACAUGGCAACUCUGUGCCAUACGGCAAUUAUGUUACUUUGUUGCAAACUAUUGAAAAAACAAAUAACAUGUGAACGAACUCACCAGGGUUAGUUUCUAGGUGGAAUUGCAUAUCAACGAAACAUUGAGAAUUUCACGAACAGUUAAGAGCUUGUACGAGUAUGUGUAGCAAAAUUUUCAAGGCUGGACAUUUUAGGUCUGCAAACGAUUACUAGGAUUAAAAGUUUUUCCAUCUCUAGUUUAGUAAUUGGAUUUAAAAUUAUUAAGAAUAUGAUCACAACGCAACUUUUUGACUACUAACCUUUAAAAUAUCUUUGUUGUGCUAAAAAAUUAAGUUAUAACCGUCAUCUUAACUCGCCGUUAGAUUUCUCUAAUAGUUUGACGUCUCAGUUGUUACAAGUAUUUAGAUAUUUAGGGCAAUUGUCAAUUUUCGUCUGUAGGUGCGAAGAAAAUUGUCUAGUAGAUGGAAUGUUACAAAGAAAAAAAGUAGUUAAAAUGCUAGAUAGAAUUUUUAGAAUAGAUAUAUGUGGCCUUUCCUAAUUACGACCCGAACAAUGUGACAUUUAACUAAUUUUCAUGCGAUUUUUAAGAGGUAUUUUCAACUAACAUAUAUUUAUUACGAAUGUACUUCGUUUAAUGAAUGUAGCAAGGUAAUUGAUAUCGACGUCGCAAAGCAAUCCAAAUGCUGUCCACUACACUAUACAUAUAUUAUUAUAUUGACAAUUGAGUGAUUGCAUAUAAUGCUAAAUAUAGUGAAUAUCUGAGACGGAAUUUAAUAUUCAAUCUAUAUACGAAGUAAGUCUAGCCUCUAAAUACCAAAAUUUUGUUGAGUUUAUCGCUCGUGCAUUGUACUACAUACAUCAUAUUUGAUAAGAAAUUUUGCCACAGAUUUUAUAUAAAACUUGUAGCUGCACAAAAAUCGGGGAUCGGGACGUAUCCGAAUUUGUUGUAGUGAUGUAGAAUCCAUAGCGUAACUCUUUGAGGAUCAAAUUUCAAAAAGUAUCGUGAUAAUUAUCGAGUAUCGGCAUAAUUUUGCUAAAUGCAUUCGAUCAGUUAUCUUGGUAACAUACCGCAAGUCUUCAGCACACGCGUACAAGAACCGUACAUAUUGCAGUUGCUACAAACUGCUCAAUUUUUAACAUUUUUAUGAUUCAAUCUUGCGUCCGCUAGUAAAAUAUCACAAACAAGGCUUUUGCUUAUGUAUAGAUAAAUAUUUUCAUUGACUAGAUGAAUAUGAGAUUCAAACGUAGCGGUAGAGAAAUGGUCAAUUUGUGAAAAGAAGCUGAGAGAAAAACGAGAGUAACAAGGUCUAGAAUUAAUCGUCAAAUGGCAAAAGGAGUUGAAAAUUAAACAGGCUGAAAUAGCUGAUUAACAAAAUAGAAGCAUAACACAAAUGUGAGUGGCGACUUAGGCGCCAUGCUUCUAAAAGUUCCCUUUUGGCAUUUGCAGAGUAUUAACUGUGAUAACUUUUAUGCCAAUACUGUAAAUUAUACUCAACUCCCUACUAUAUAACUUAAAUAUCUUUUAACUACUUUAACAAACUGCCUACUGGAUAUUGUUAUCAACUGGAAUCUGAUUGUAAAAGUUUUCAACUUUAAAAUUUGUUGUAUCAUCGCGUAACAUAAUUACUAUACAUCAAUUGAACAGUCAUUAUAAACAUAUAGGCAUGCAACAGCUAUAGUACUUAAACCGACAAUGAGAUAUCCAAACCCAUUUGCACGCACAACGACAUGUGCAUGCCCAGGCUUACGCCUAACCAGUGGAUAACGUCAACUGAUUGUAAUGUCCAUAGGUGUCAAAUAUAUAGCAGGGUGUUAGUGUGUUAGCUGGUUGUUAUUUAGCCUCGCGUGUUACAGGGUGGCCACAACAUCUCUCCGAGUAACAAUCGAUUGACGUUUUUCUUUACCAUGCAACACAAAGCAAAUAACAUGUAAUGAUGUUCCCACCAACUUCCGUGCUUUUCUGUUGCUUUAGUAUUAUACUUUUCGAUGAUUCAUAGAUUAUGAGAUGCAAAUGUUCAAUGAGAUAUAAAAAUAGGAAUUUAAAAAUGUUAUUACGAAAUGGAGAGAUAAAAGAGCCAGGCCUGCAUAAUAUAAUAUAAUAAAAUAUAAUAUAAUAUAAUAACCUAACGGUCAUUAUAUAAGUAACAUUUAAUGGUAAUAUCGAGUUGAUAUAGUAUAGCGCUAGUAGGUACAUGUCCGACAAUCCUAGUUUAAUUGCAUGUGAUAUUACUAAAUAUGUAAGUACAUUAACAAAAAUAUUUAAUAUAUAUUAUAAUAUAAAUACGUAAAUUAAUAUUGAACAAAAAUGACCAAUGUUAAGCUAUAAUAUCGGCAAGAAUUACCUAUACAUAUAUUUAAGCUAAAACAAUUUUCAAGGCAUAAGUAUAUACCUGUUCAGACAUUACAAUGCCAGCACACUUAUGUGGGUACACACAUAAUAUUCAACACAUUGAUGACAUUUUAUUCAAAUAUUUUCUAUUCGUUGAAACUUGCCAAUUACAUGUAGGAAUUUAAAUAAUAUAUAAUGAUUAUCGCUGUGACGUCUGAUUCGUUUGAUGUAACUCUGAUUAAUCGGUGUUACUAGGAUUGUCUGGUGUCAUAUAUUCCGAUAGUUUAGCCCAGGCCAUGAGUCUGCAGAAACUUCGUACGUUUCUUGUAACUGUUUGAUUCUUGCGAGAUUCCCUUCAAUAUUUCAAUGAUGCGAUAUACGUUAAUGCAAGCAGUUGACCGUUGUGAAGUAACGAGAAAAAGAAAGGAAGAGGAGAAGAAUUAGAAAUAUCAAAAAUCGCUGUUCUUUUAGCCAAGUGAUAUAUAACAGGAUUAUUCCGAGUUAUCAAAAUUUUUGUAAUUUAUAUCAUUAUCAGUAAUAUCAUAUGAUCAAAUUAUGCGUUGCUUACGUAUUGAAUAUAUGUUGAGCGUAUUGUACGUUGUAUUCAUCAUUGUAUUCUUUGGCUGUGGUGAUAAAAUCAAAAACCACUCAAUAGGACCUUUCUGAAAGACCUUUUUUUUUUUUUUUGUCUACUUUCAGUUGUAUUUUUUGGUAGAAAUGUGCAAGAUUUCCAUACGUUCUAAGUUGUAACACAUUUGUUUCUAUGCCAUCUGUUCCCGCAUCUUUCAAAGUUGAGACUAUAUUAGUGAAAUAUUGGUGCAGUCCUCAUACAUGAUUAAUGAAUUGUGUGGCUUGCAUAUAUCCUGUUAAAUAUUUAUUGGCAAAAAAUAAAUUUACAAACGGUCAACUGGUAGCUUUGCCUUCCAAGGUAAUUGUAAUAGACGGCUCAAUGUAAAAUGACAAGUCUGGUUUAUAAGAAUACUAAUUGUAGAAAUAUCUAACACAACACACACACACACACACACACACCCGCACACAUGCAGUAGAAAAACAGUAAACAUACACAAUACAUAAUACUAUAUGUGGGGAUAUUAUAAUAUAUAAUGUAUCAAUAUAAUAUAAUAAUUGUUUCUACGUUACAACGUGUAAGCGCAUAUCAUAAAUAUAUGUUGGGCGGUCAUUUUCUAGUUUCAUGGACCAGUAUUAACUAUAGAAAUAUUGUUAUAAAGGACUGAUAGAAUAGAUUUGGACGAGUCAUUGCUAAAUUAUCUAAGAGAAGAGCUUGAUUAAUGUGAUUCCGAGGAAGUUUUUUUUGUUGAAACUUCAAUCUAAUAUGUUUAGCUGGUGUUGCAUAUGUGUCACUUCUGUUCGUAACAAUAGAUGAGUAACUUAUUUGCCAAGCAUCUGUACAUCAUAUAAAAUUAUUACGUUCUGGUUGUUGUUAACUUUCGUACAGCUAUAGCAGUUGGCGAAAUUUAAUUAAACUGAUAAAAAUCAGCGGUUACUAACGGAAUAUGGCCAGCUAAAUAGCAUACGUACCUAUUUGUAUAUUUGUUCGCAUCUGCUCUAUAUUGUCAGGGAAAACUACGAAAUUAUCAUUAUUCUCACAGUCGAAACUUUGUUCGACGUUUUAGGAUAAAUAUUGUAAAUUGAAUUAUUUGUUGUUGCGUCUACUCUUCGACGCUAAUUGUCACAAUUGUAAAUAAGAUAAACACAUCGUUUUGUUUUGUCAUGACAGAUUUCAAUAUACAUCGAAUGCAAAUAAUACAGCCUACGUAAUCUAGUUCGAGAGCGCAUUUUUGGUUAGAGCUAUCGUGCUGAACAUUUCUCUGCUUUUUUCAAGUAAUAUUUGCUCAAUAGUUCCUUGUACAAAAUUCAAUUUCAAUUCUGUCAAUGCAUUAUUAGUAUCACAGCGUUGCAUACAGCUGUCAGAUUUAAAUAUGGUUAGGUGCUAGUACCUGUGUACCCAAGUAUGGAAGAGAACAAAUUUUCCGCAAGAUUAUUAGAAUUGUUGGGAAUAUGGGAAUUUUUAAGUGUGGAAUGUCUUUUAUUAGUAUUCAGUGUUUAUACGUGAAUAGAAUACAGCUAGUUGUCGGAUGAAUGUUAAGCAUAUGGAAUAAUUAGCUUUAGGAAAUCCUCAAUCAAAUUAUCUGAAUAUCAGCCUUUUUGUUGAAUUGAACGUGAAUUGAUAUCCAUUGCAUUGAAUACGAAGGCAUAAAAGUCUAUUUUUACUGUUGGAAACUCUAAAUGGUUUGUUAGAAAAGCUUCGUAUAGCAAGCAAUUUGCAUAACUCUAGGUAAGGAUUAUUUGUGUAUUAUAGGGAGUUUUUUUUUAAUUAUAACAUGAUAGGUAUUGUGGUAAAACUUAACUACUGUACGAUGAUUAUAGUGAUUGUAUAAUAUAUUUGGCAACAAUGCAGUUGCAUCAACAACCAGUUGAAACCGUAUUCUUUGAAGAGAAAAAUAAUAAUACUCAAUACGUGGACCACUAUGCAUAUAUAUAAAUAUAUAUACAGACACACACACAACGAUUAUAUUACAAUAAUAUAUCAUUAAAGUGAAUUUUGUAUGGAACAUUACAGGAAAUAUUUUGAAACUGAAUUAGUUAUUCAAAAUGUCAUGUGUAAGAAAAUUUGAUUGAGGAGCACAUAGUCAAUCUCUGGUUUUAAUGGUUUUAGGAAAUAUAUUUUUCAUGCACCUGUUAAGUUUUAAAUAAUGAUUCCAUGUGCAAUAAAUGUGUAAAUAUUACAAACAAUUUCUUUCUUGUGAAUAAGCGUAUUGGAUUGUACCACUAACGGUGAAAAAGGUAAAUAGUGGAGUCUAGGUAUUUAUAGUUUGCACAGUUUUCGUAAUUGAUUAGCGUACAAUGUGAAUACCUAUUGUUUACAGUGUUUGGUCAUUUUUACUGACAAAUGUAUCUUACGAUAGUCAUUUUGGUGGUGAAACCGACUUAAAUCGUAAAUAGUCUAGAUUAUUAGAUCAGGUAUGCUAUAUAUGUAUAAUGUGAUACGACAAUUUUGUUAUUAGUAUGCAUAACGUGUUAAGCAUUAGGCAAUGUCAUAUUGGCGAAUGGACUGCGUUUUUGAGAUUGCAAAAAUGGAACAUGUGAGAACCGCAAAGGGUUGAUGAUAGCGGUUUGAGGUGAGGGUUAGAGAACAGGAAAAAUAAGAACUGAUUGAUUAAUUGUUUCUAUUAUUUUAAUUUAUUUUUAGUAAUGACUAGAAAGAAGUGUAGUUUAAUUUUUAACUUGUUGAGUUAUGCUGUCAAAAGGAACGAUAACAUGAGAAUUUAUAUUUUGCUUCCACUAAUCUUAAGCUGAAUUGUAUCUGUUGUCAGUGUCUUCAACUCUACCUUUGAUUCUGGCAAAUAGAACUAUUAUUGUAAUGCUGUACUGCUACUACUACUACUACUGCUACUGCUACUACUACUGCUACUAGUAGUACUACUACUACUACUACUACUAGUACUACUA